CGAAACCCAAACGACUCACAAAACAAAAGUAAGCCUUGGAAACACUUGUGUCGUUAGGUGGUGACAGUUAUGAGACUUCAACUCAAGGGCAACAUUUAUUUAGCAUGAGGCGAAGGGAAGGAGGGGGCCGCUAAGAAUGGGUUGGCAGAGCGUGCGAGAACGUCGCCAGGCCUUUGCGGAGGAGGUGGAAUCGGCUUCGAGUUCUUCUCGCAAAAACGAUGAGGUGGAAGAGGAAGAGCAGCAAGGCGAUGGAGCAGGAGCUCGCGGCUUCAAAGCGCUCGGGCUGGCGAUUGCGUUUGCGAACGCUCAAAGGCGGAGAGCCAGGGAGCGAGUGCAGAAGUCUAAUGUCGCUCAGGCGGGCGCGAACGAGCUGCGAAGUGAACUGCAGCGUGCAAUGUCGCCAGAAAAGGAGGACGAGUACGCGCCGCGCUCACUGUUCUGCUUGACCUUGCACAAUCCGUUGCGGAAGUUGGCGAUCCAAAUUACGGCACACCGCUACUACGAGUGGUUCACGUUGGGGUUGAUUGUGUGCUCCUGCACAACGCUGGCGAUGGACUCGACGCGGCAGGACUUCUCCCUGACGUCGCUGGGGAAGUCGCUACAGGACCUGGAGUAUGCGUGGGCCGGGCUCAUGUGCGCGGAGAUCCUCAUGCGCAUCGUGGCGCGCGGCCUCAUCCUGCCCCGCUCGGCCUUCCUGCGCUCGGGCUGGGGCCUCCUAGACGUGGUGGUGGUGGCGCUGGGCUUCCUGAACCUCAUGCCCGGCGCCAACAACUACUCGGCGGUGCGGGCGUUCCGCGUGCUGCGGCCGCUGCGCGCCGUGUCGCGUGUGCCCAAACUCAAGGUGCUGGUGGUGACGCUGCUGACGGCGCUGCCCAUGCUGCUGCACGUGGUCAUCUUGUGCACAAUUGUGUACUUCGCGUUCGGCAUCGUGGGUGUGGAGGUGUUCAUGGGCACUUACCGCUACCGUUGCGGCGUGCCGGACAUGAGCGGCGCCUACACGGGGACGUUGGAUGGCCAGGCAGCGCUGUUCAACGUGACCUACUUCGUGUCGGAUGAGGAGUCGUCGUACGCGUGCCGUGGGCCCAAGCUGAAUGACCCGGGGUGGCUGGUGCUGCCGGGUUCCACGCCCAACACCAGCCUCACCGUGGCGAGCGUGUUCGACACGGCGCAGGGGCGGCAGUGCGCGCCGGGGCUGUACUGCGUGCCCGACAUGAACCCCUCCUUCGGCUUCAUCAGCUUCGACCACAUCCUGUACGCCUGGCUGACCAUCUUCCAGAUCAUCAGCAUGGAGGGCUGGACGGACAUCAUGUACAUGGGCCAGGACGCGGUGGACUACUGGGUGUGGCCCUACUUCGUCAGCAUGAUCGUGCUGGGCUCGCUGUUCAUGAUGAACCUGGCGCUGGUGGUGCUGUACGUGCAGUUCACCAAGUCGGAGGCGGCGGUGCGCAACCAGCUGGAGGCGGACCGGCUGGGGCCGGACGCCUCGGCGCACGACGGCUCCACCAGCAGCGGCUCGGACGAGGAGGACGAGCUGGAGCGCAUGCACCGCCAGGUGGAGGAGGACGAGCUCAAGAAGCAGCAGCAAGAGGGGGAGGAGCAGAUACAAGGCUCGGCGGUGCUAAAGCACAUGUACGAAGGCGCUGCGGAGCAUGCGAGCGAGACCAUGCACCGCCUGCAGCGCUUGGCGCACGACAUGGCUCGCAGCCAGUGGCUGCACAACCUGACCGUGGUGUGCAUCCUCAUCAACACGCUCACCAUGUGCAUCAACUGGUACGGCAUUCCACACACACUGGAGAAUGCACUGAGCCUGGUCAACGCAGUGCUGACGCUGUACUUCGCGUUGGAGAUCAUCAUCAAGGUCACCGGCAUCGGGUGGCGCAGGUUCUUCCGCGAUGGCAUGAACACGUUUGAGCUGUUCGUGGUGAUUGCGUCCAUCAUUGAGGUCAUUGCGGAUCUGGUGCCCUCCAUCUCGGGCGUGGGGCCCCUGUCCGUGCUGCGCACGCUGCGCCUGCUGCGUCUGAUGCGCCUCAUCACGCGCUUUCCCGAGCUGCGCCGCGUCAUCCACACGCUGUUCAAGAGCGUGCUGUCGGUGGCGUGGAUGUCGCUACUGACGCUGCUGUUCCUGGUGAUCGCGGCAUUGCUGGGCAUGCAGAUCUUCGGCUAUAAGUUCAUGUUCUGUGACUAUGUCCCCGGCGCCGCCCCCAUCUGCCCGCUGGGCCAGCGCGUGUGGGGCCAGUGCCCCAACCACUUCUAUUGCUACGUACCCUGCCAGCCUGCCGAGACCGGCACUUGGCUCCAAGUGAACGGCAGCCGCUUUUUCGACAACGCCUACUGCCAGCGCUUCUGCAGCGACGGCAGCUACACGGGCGACGGCCGGCCGCUGAACGCGAGUGUGCCGGCGGGCGUGGAGUGCGAGUACGUGGCGGCGGUGGGGCAGUCGGACAUCUCGCCCAGCACCUUUGACAACUUUGGCGUCAGCCUGCUCACCGUGUUCCAACUGCUCACGGGCGAGAACUGGAACAACGUCAUGUACGACGGCAUGCGUACGAUGGGUGCGGCCACCGCGCUGUACUUCAUCUUCGUGAUCGUGGUGGGCAAUUACGUCGUGCUCAACCUCUUCAUCGCCAUUCUUCUGGAGAACUUCGCGGCCAACAUGGGCGACGGCGUCCAGGAGGUGGACAGCGACGACGAGGACUGGGGCGCGGUGGGGCGCACCGCCUCCUUCGUGAAGGAGGAGGCGCGCGCCGACCGGCUGUGGUACACCACCAUGUUUGGCAACCACAGGAUUGCGCCGGAGCCGGUGGCGGCGAGCGAACGCAGCAUGCACGGCGGCAAGAACUACCACGCGCGGGAGUACCAGCAGCAGGUCGAGAAGGCCAAGCAGGCGGCGUCGGGUGACGCGGAGGCGGACGCGAGCGCCGAGGCCUAUUUCCAGAAGCAGCUGGCGCGCACCGACACAGAGCUGGAACAGCGGCUGAACCAGGAGGAAUUCAUGAAGGGCCAGUCACUGUUCCUGUUCGGGCCCGACAGCAAGUUCAGGUGGAAGUGCCUGCGCAUAGUGACUUGGAAAUGGUUUGACAUGAUGAUCCUCACGCUGAUUGGGAUCUCAUCCAUCUGCCUCGCCAUUGACUCGCCGGCUCUUGAAGAGGAGCAUCCGGAGGUCACCAACGUCCUGCGAUACAUGGACCUAGUGUUCUCGAGUGUGUUCAUCAUCGAGGCCAUCCUCAAGAUCAUUUCGCUCGGCUUCUUGUUCAACGGCAAGACCUCCUACUUGCGCGACUGGUGGAACGUGCUGGACUUUCUGAUUGUGGCCUCCUCCAUCGCCAUGAUCGUCAUCCAAGCCACGUCGGCCAACGGGCAGAACCUGCAGAUGCUCCGCGCGCUGCGCACGCUGCGUGUGCUGCGCCCCCUGCGCGUGGCCUCCACCAGCGAGCAGCUGCGUGUUGUCAUCAUGGCGUUGUUCUCCUCGCUCAAGUCGCUGCUGUACGUGGGCGUGGUGUGCGCGCUCUUCUACCUGCUGUUCGGCAUCCUGGGCGUGAACCUGCUCAAGGGCGAGCUGCGCUACUGCACCGACGCCAUGGACGACUCCCAGCCGCUGCUGGACGCCUUCAACGUGAUGCCCGUCGGCAACUACAUCAACAAGACCUGGUGCGAUGCGGGGCUGCACGAGGUCAGCACGUCCUGGUACCACUCGCAGCUGAACGUCAGCUUCCCGGCGCCCGCGCUGUUGAGCACGGAGUGGCUCAACCCCGUGUUCCCCAACUUCGACCACCUGGGGCUCUCCGUGCUCACGCUGUUCGGCGUGGCUACCACGGAGCUGUGGGUCAACACCAUGAACUCGGCCAUGGCUGCCGUGGACCCGGAGCAGCAGCCGCGUGUGGACUACAACCCCGCCAUGUCGCUCUACUUCGUGGCCUUCCUGGUGGUGGGCAGCUUCCUGGUGCUCAACCUGCUGGUGGCGAUCACCAUUGAGAAGUUCAGCGAGCUGCAGAGCCGCCACCUGGGCUACAACCUGUUCCUCACGCCGCAGCAGCAGCAGUGGGUGGACGUGCAGCGCGUGCUGGGCGACACGCACCCCGAGCGCGUGCUGAGCCUGAUGCCCAACCUGCCCAAGUGGCGGCAGCGCGUGUUCGAGCUGGUCGCCAGCCGCCCCUUCAUGCUCGUAAUGCACAUGAUCGUGCUCCUCAACAUCAUUUUCAUGACGCUCACGCAUGCAGACAUGGGCGAGGACUGGGAGGAGAUGAAGUUCUGGGCCGACGUCACUUUCACCAUCCUGUUUGCGACCGAGGCUACGCUUCAGAUCAUCGGCCUGGGCUUCCGGCAAUACUUCACAGACUCCUGGUUUCAGCUACUAUUCAUGAUUGUACUCAUGUCCAUCUGCUUCAUAACGCUGGACGCGGUGGGCAUCGGCAGCUACGCGCUGGCGUCGCUGCUGCGCGUGCUGCGCGUGACGCGCUUCCUGCGCAUUAUAACCGCCGUGGAGGGACUGAACCAGUUGGUGCGCACGCUGUGGCUGGCGCUGCCCGCCAUCGGCAACGUCGGCAGCGUCAUGCUGCUCUUCUUCUUCAUCUGGGCAGUGCUGGGUAUGAACCUGUUCGCGGGCAUCAAACGUGGGCAGUACCUGACCCGGCAAAACAACUUCGACAAGUGGCCCAACAGCAUGAUGGCGCUGUUUCGUCAGAUCACAGGCGAGAGCUGGGACGGCGUGAUGAGUGACUGCAUGGUGACCUUGGACUGCAUGCUUCUCACGACCAACGUGACCCUGGCCGCCACCAAUGAGACGUUGCUGGCGGGCAGCUGGUUUGACAUGAACGCCGACAUCCUGAACGCGAUUCCCACCGAAGCCGUCGACAACCAGUGCACGCCCAAUGCGUUCGUGACGGUCCUGUUUUUUGUGUCCUUCGAGCUGCUGUGCGCCUACAUCAUCCUCAACAUUGUGGUGGCCAUUAUCUUGGAGGGCAUGAUCAACGACGAGGCCGAUGAGAUGCUGCCCGUGCCGCCCUCCAUGACGCAGCAGUACACCGCGGUGUGGUCGGAGCUGGACCCCAUGGCCACCGGGUACAUCCGGGCGCAGGACCUGCCCAUACUCAUCAUGGAGCUGGAGCCGCCGCUGGGCAACCGCGGCUGCGCCAGCAUGCGCGCCGGCGCGCAGGACAUCAUCAUGACCACCGACAUACCCAACCGCAAAAACAAGUUCCACUUCAUGGAGGUGCUUCACGCGCUGGCCGGCCGCAUCGCUGGCGCCGAGCUGCCUGACAUGACGGAGGACAAGACCUACGCCCGCCUAGCCCGGCACCUGCCCAAGGAGCCGCCGCACCCCAUCUACAACGCCGCGCACUUCCACGCGGCCAUGUACGUGGCGGCGUCAAUCAAGGGCUUCCUGUACCGAUACGAGCACCGGGAAGACCUGGCCGAGUUCUAUGCGCAGCUGGACGAGCUGGAGGCGGAGGAGGUCUUCCACCGGCGCUUCACAGGCACCGGCAGCGGCCGCGGCACCGGCAGCGGCAGCGGCGAGGGGCCAGCCAGCUACCCAGCUGCCAAGCCCCCGCACCAGUCCCUGUCGGGCGAGCUGCAGGCGCCGCGCCGCGCGUCCAUCCCGGAUGUGACCAACGGCGCCGCCGUCACGGCGUCCGACCUGUUGGGCGGCGUCGGCGGCAACGACGUCAUGAGCAGUGGGGAGCCGACCAUCAAGCCGCAGAACUUCCUCCAGGCGACCCUGGCACGCCUGGGUGUGGGGGCGAGAACAAAGAAGCCACUGCCGACGCAGCACAGCGACGGCACGCCGCCCGAGCAGCAGGCGCAGCGGCCGGACAGCGGUGGCAAGCACAAGGCGCAGCGCGAGAGCCGCGAGCGGGAGCGGGAGCGGGAGCGGGAGCGGGAGCGGGAGCGGGAGCGCGAGCGCGAGCGCGAGCGCAACCGUGACGGCGGCGGCGGCACCGGCGGGGAGCGCAGCGGCGGCAACAGCCGGCGCGCGUUCGGCCUCGGCGGACUGGUGAUGGGGUCCGACCACGAGGCGCACCUGGUCGGCAGCGGCCCCAGCGUGGGCGCCAGCCUCAGCCUGACCAGUGUGGCGCACCUGGAGGCGGCGCUGCAGCGCGCCGGCAGCAACCACCAGGAGGCCCUGGCCAAAGUGCUCAAGCGUGGCGAGGGCGUCGCCAGGCCGAUGAGCGCGCUGGGCCGCGGCCUAAUGAACGGUGGCGGCGGCGCUGGCGCCGCAAACGGUGGCGGCCGUGCGGUGGGGCGGCUGGCGCCGGCGCCGGAGGGGGUGGCGGCAGAGCCGUCUGGCGGCGUUCAGCCCUGGCAGACGACCUCAGUCCACAGCUUGCACCCGGUUAAGUCAGUAUCUGUGACCUGCAUUCGCAGUGGAGGCGGUGACGGUGGUGUUGACAGUGAGCCAACCACGCCACGGCGCUCGCAGCCGGUGGCGGAAGGCGCGCACCCAGCGGCGCCGGGCGCCGCAGCCCCGCAGGCGCCGCUGGCGUCGGUGUCCAGUAGCAGCAGCGGCGCCGCUGACGGCUGUGACCCCCUCGAGGGAAUGAUGCGGGAAGAUUCGACGUCCGCCUCGGGCGUUGCAGGACUGGCGCCGGUGUCGGCGCUGACGCCGCGCGCGUUACUUGGUGGUGGUGGUGGGGGCGGCGGGGAUUGGCCUGGCAGUGCCAUCCGGGCGGGCUCAGGCAGCAGCCCACACGCGGGCGCCGGCGGGAUGAGGUCGCGGCCUGUGAGCGGCCUCACGCCGCCGCCUGCAGCGGUGCUGUCGCCGGCUGCAGCAGCAGUGGCGCCGGCGGCGGCAGUCGUGCCCGGCGCGGCGGUCAAGGCGAGCGCGCUGCUGCCGCAGGUGGUCUCGGUGCGAGCCAGCAGCGACUAUGGCGGCCCACAGUCGGGCCCUCCACCGCAGUAAGAGCGACAUUUGAGGGGCGCUCAUGGGCAGCGGUGUCGAGGCCCGGCCCCUGCCUCGUUUGACUGGGUAUCUUACUAUCUUGACUUGGGCGCACCCGUCAUAUGCCGCCUUGCAAGAAAGGCGCGGGGUGUUAGCUGCUGCAGGCGGGCCCUGGAGCGGCUCUGUAGACUUGACGUUGUAGGACGUGACCGGUCAAAGCGUUAGACGAAGACUUGUACAUUGGGGAGAGCGGGGAGAGCAAUGUGCCGGGCACAGAUCUUAAGGCGUGCACUUCGGGGCUGAAACGGCUCGCGUUGAGAGGACUGGCUGGAUUGCAGGUCACGCAGGCGGGGGUGAGUGAUAGACGCAUGCGGAGGAGAGUGGCUAGCAGCGUUAGGGCUGGGUGCAUGUUGCCCGUGUCGGCGCGGUGUCAUUGCCUACCGGCCGUUACGCGCGUGUGCUGAGUACUGUUUCAUCAGGGCGUGCAUGUGCUGGCUAGGUUACUGCUGUGCCGACAUACAAGAGAACUGAACUGUCAUUAUUCAUCCCUGUUCCUGUCAUGCGUUCACCACUAAUUGCCAUAGACUUGUUGCGCAUGAAGGGAGGUGUCUGACGUGUAGCUCGCAAAUUCUUGAUUCCCUUCAUCAAUGGGGCUUAAUGGGGCAGGCAUUGUCGCCAAGCGCCAACCUAGAACAGCCGCAGCAUGCGGAUGCAUGCGAAGUGUAAACCCAGGUUGAGCUU